GGCAAAGGACUGGGAAGGAGCAGAGGAGCUCCUGGGGCCUCGGCAGGAGCUGCUCGGCUCCCCUGCCUGGAACCGACUCCUCCCCUUCCCCCCUCGCCCCCUACAGCUUUCAGUCAGCUUUCAAUCACGGCAAUCUUGAAGCUGGGCAUCCCAAGGCCAUGCAGCGGGCGGGGGCAGGGGGCCGGAGGGCCUCUGACUGCGGGCCUGCCCUGUACCGGCCCAGGUGCAUCACCAAGUUUGCCCAGUACGUGGGCUCCUUCCCUGUGGACGACCUGGACACCCAGGAGAGCGUGUGGCUGGUGCAGCAACAGCUGUGGCUGCUGAAGGACUGUCCCCGCCGCCGGGCUGUCAUCCUCAAGUUCAGCCUCCAGGGACUCAAGAUCUACAGUGGGGAGGGAGAGGUGCUUCUGAUGGCGCAUGCCCUGAGGCGCAUCCUCUACUCCACCUGGUGCCCAGCUGACUGCCAAUUUGCCUUCAUCGCGCGGAACCCACGGAGCCCGGCCAGCAAGCUGUUCUGCCACCUCUUCGUGGGCAGGCAGCCAGGAGAGAUCCACAUCCUGCACCUGCUACUCUGCCGCUCCUUCCAGCUCGCCUACCUCCUGCAGCACCCUGAGGAGAGGGCACGACCUGAGCCCUGCCAGGCCCCCACAUGGGAUGAGCCCCGAAAGCCCGCAGGGGGCCCACCGGCCCUGGUGCGGGAGCCCUUCGGUCGGGAUCAGCUCUCACAGAACGUCCACGCCUUGGUCUCCUUCCGGCGGCUGCCAGCAGAGGGGCCGGUGGGCAGUGGGAAGGAGCUGUCAGAGUCGGAGGGCCGAGGGGGCGCCCGCCACGGCCGCCUGGGGAAUCCCUAUUGCUCCCCAACGCUGGUCCGCAAGAAGGCCAUCCGUAGCAAGGUGAUCCGCUCCGGGGCCUACCGGGCCUGCACGCACGAGGCUCAACUGCAGCUGUCGGCACGUGAAGCCUUUCCUGCUGCGUGGGAGGCAUGGCCCCGGGGUCCUGGAGGCUCCUCGUGCCUGGUGGAAAGCGAAGGCAGCUUGACGGAGAACAUCUGGGCCUUCGCCGGCGUCUCCAGGCCCAGUGCCCUGGCCCUGCUGCGGAGAGAUGUGCUUGGAGCCUUCCUGCUGUGGCCAGAGCCAGGCACCAGCGGCCAGUGGUGCCUGUCGGUGCGGACACAGUGCGGCGUGGUGCCGCACCAGAUCUUCCGCAACCACGUGGGCCGCUACUGCCUGGAGCACCUGCCGGCCGACUUCCCCAGCCUGGAGGCCCUGGUGGAGAGCCACUCAGGUGCCGAGCGCAGCCUCUUCUGCCCCCUGGACAUGGGCCGCCUGAACCCCACCUACGAGGAACAAGACUCGGGCCAUGAGGGCAGGCCGCCUCGGACUCUCCGGCCCCUCAGCCAUGCAAAAUCGGAGGCGGAGCUGCAGGGCCUGGGCUAG